AUGAAUCUCACUCACAAAAUAUUGCCUUUCUUGAUUUUAGGGUUUGGAAAACCAGUAAACUCAGUCGCAUUGCCAAAGAGCAACGGUCAAUACACAUUAACCGAAGAGUACUUAGCAGACAACAACAAUGCAGAACCAAUUCCAGAAGAAUUGUUAACUCGUCUCUCUGAUAAUGAUAACUCGUUAGCAAAAAGGAUGGAGCUGCUGAAAAUACACGAUAAACCGAUGCGAAGAAGAGUGUCACGAACAUACUCAAUAGUGUCAGACUCAAAAGUGGAAGGGCAGGCGAGGAUAAACAGCAAAGAUGACGAACUUUUAGAAGGAAAUUUCAAAGAGUGCUUGAAAAUGAAAACAUUUGUUGAGAUUAUGGCAUGCCUUGCAGUCGGUGAAGUGCAUAACAUAGAAAGACAUCCUAUAUCUACAGCACAAAAUGAGAACACUCAGGAUGCAAUUUCCGUUCUAAACAACGAACUUGAGAUUUUGAAGCAUGCUGUGAUAGAGAUGAGAAAACUUUUGGAGUGGUUAAUCAGUGACGAAGAUAAUGAAGAUUCGAAAACUAGUAGUAGUACCACAAAACUACCCGAUUUCGUCAAAAACUUCGCAUUUCAAAGCCCUAACAAUGAUAACAGUAAGAAAAUGAACGUCAUUAAAAAUGAUGCACCUGAAAUGCCAUAUAGCCGCAGAAGUAACGACAGUUUUAAAAUUGAUCCAAAUAUUCAUUGGUAUCGCAAUGGAGUUGCGGGUAUACGGAUAACAGACAGUGUACAAAAGUCUAAAAAAUACGAUACCAGCGGUUUCUCUCAGCGGCAGCAGCAGUUUUUAAACGAAGAAUAUCAAAGACAUGGAGAGUUGAGGCAACUAAGUUCAGCGGAAGAUAAUCUAAACCGUGUGCCUUUUAAUUUUGAGAAUUAA